GCAUUUCGAAUGCCAGCCAGCCGAAAACUGGGCAGCCACGCGCACACCGCCGCGCACGAUACGGCAGCACUACGCCAGCCGCCGACACAUACAGCCACCAGCGCGCCAGCAACGAGCAGCCGCACCAACCCCACCGGCAAAUCAAACCAAACCAACCAUGGGCAAGUACACGGCCUCCGACGGCAAGGAGUUCGACACGAAGCGCGAAUGGCGCAAGUACGAGAUGCUCCUCAUGUACACCUUCAAGGAGCAGACGGGCCACACCUUCGAUAUGAAAAAGCCCGGAGACGUCAACGGCCAGCAAUUUGAUAUGAUGAACCUGACGAAGUAGGAUCUCGGCGUCCCACGUCGGUGCCUUCACUUCCAUACGACUCGUCUCCAGGAGUGAUGGCCGUGGGUGGUCUGUUUUUCGAAUUUGGGGUCAAUCGUGAUGCUCCGCGCAGGUGCGAAGCGGUGGUGGCCGACAGCACGGACAUGGUCCAGAUCGACGAGUGUAUCGAUUGCAAGGUGUUCCUCGGGGCCUCUGGUGAAAGUGUUUUUAUCAGAGACUGCAAGGGGUGCACGUUCUAUGUCGCGUGUAAACAACUCAGAUUAAGGGACUGCCACGACUGCAAGUUCUCCCUGUAUUCGCAGACGGAGCCCGUCAUCGAGACGUCCGAUGGGAUCGUAUUCACGCCCUUCGCGGGAGGGUUCGACGGGCAAGAACAAUGUAUGCGUUCCGUGAAUUUGGACCCUUCCAUUAACUUCUGGUGGGGGAUUUUUGAUUUCAACGACGAGGCGAAGACGGUCCGUGACUCAGUGUUGUGAAUGAACUUGAACUUGAUCCGGUGGAGACGAUGGCGUCUUCAUGAAGCCACGUCGCCUCGACGCCGUCGACGUGUCCGCGCGCGAGUCUACGCGUCUCGCGACCGCGUCGUUCCACGCAGGGCAAGAACUUUAAAGUAGUGAACGUGCCCAUGGAGCCCUGGUGGCCGCUCGGUGAGGCUUCCCAGGUAUGUGAACAGACCGCUCCCAAUAGUGCGACGCUGCCUUCCACGCUCACUGAUGAUGGCGGUGGUCACGGCGGCCCGUCACAAAUGAACUCCUUCAAGAUCGGCACGAGCGCCGAGGACGCCCAGAACAAGGUCGACUCGCAAGCGCCGCCGCCGCCGCCAGACUUGGAAUUAAUUCCCGACGAGGUCCAGAAGCCCGCGGCGGACUGGACGGCCUUCCGGGUCGGGGUUCGGUACGAUCCUCCACUAUUAGCUCUGGAGUGGAAAGGAAAUGAGAAAACUCUGAGGAAGGACAUCCCGUUUCCCGAGGUCACGGAGUUGGCGGCUUUGGUGGCGGAGGUCGCCGACGACGAGUGCGCCGCCGCGGUCUUAGAUCACAUGGUGAAGACGCACGGCGCGCAGUGGUUGGAUUUUGAGAAGUUCUUCUCGAAGAAGCAGGUCUUACGGCUGGUGGACAUGGUCCUCCAGGGCGGGCCGGACUCGGUGGAGAUGUAGGCAUCGGUGGCGUAAGGUCUUUCCCUUUACCUUGUCGCGGCGAC